UUCCCGGAUGCCUUGGUCGCUUGGGUGUUGGCGUGGAGCUUCGCCCUCACGACCUUCUUCAGGCGAUGCAUGGCCAUUUAGUAUGGCCACAUGGGGCCGGCAGUGAAGGCGAAGCGGCACGAUGCCACAUUUCCUGUGCCACGUAGACUGCCAGCCAGUGCUGGCAGACUGCCCAGAGCUGCCCUCAACAGCUGUCCGAGCAUUCAAGACGCCAAGGUAUUCAUAUCCCACGGAAGAGCGGAAGAGGAUAAUCUCCCUGGCAACACGAUUGGCAUGCAUCGCCGAGCCCGUAAGAAUUUAUUAUAUCGGACGUUGGGAAAUUAGGCCACCUUGCCUCCCCUGGAUCCCAGCCCCUGGCCAUAUCUUUCCUCCGGUUUCAUCGCCAUUAUCUCCGUCGAAUCCUCUCUUGCUGCUUUCCCUGGGCGUCUGCCGUGGUUCCGUGGUGAUUCCCUAGUCGCCGAUUCCCGCCCAUGGCGUCGCUUUCGCCGGAGGAACUCCAGUCUCGCUUCGAUGAGUUCUGUGAGUGGGAUGAGAAGAGGAAUAAUCUUUUUAAGGAUCUGCUAAGGAAAACGGUCGAAGAUGCAACGCUAAUUGAUAGUCUUAAAAUCGACCUGGAAAAUGAGAGGGAUUCGCGAAUCAGGUAUCAAAAGGAGCUCCGCGACCUCGUGGAGCGGAAAUCGAAUGCGGACCUCAUUCUGAAUAAAGACCCCUAUGUAGCCGUUCUCGUCGACGGGGAUGGAGCCAAGUUCCUCGACGCAUUGCUCCAGGAUCCCCAUAAGGGCGGCGCCGAAGCGGCGCUGAGGCUGAAGCAGGAAGUUAGAAAUUACUUGCAGAAUACUCCUCUGGGCACGGAGGAUAUUCCCAUUAUAGUCCGCGUCUUUGCGAAUCUUAAUGCCCUGGCCAAGGCACUACGCUCGGCGAAUAUAAUCAGCUCGGAGACUGACAUGCACACCUUCGCGGAACAGUUCACUAUCAGCCGGGCCGAGUUCGACUUCGUCAACGUCGGCUAUGGCAAGGAGAAUGCCGAUUCUAAGAUGCGGAAGAUGUUCAGUCAUUAUUACAAGAACUUCCAGUGCAAGAAGAUCUUUUUCGCUGGCUGUCAUGACUAUGGCUAUCUUCAUGAGCUCCGCGAGUGCAAGGGAGAUCGAGAUGCCAAGGACCGUGUUGUCCUCCUGGAAACCACGCCGGCAGAGUCUUCAUUCAGGUCGCUAGGUUUCCCUAUGGUGCGUUUCGACAGCAUAUUCCGCUGCGAGUUCCUAAAGAACGAACGGACACGCGGCAUUACAACCCCUUCAUCGGCGAAGGAAGCCCUAGGCCUCCAAUCUGCCGAGCUCGGUGUUCGAAGAGCUUCCGAGACUUCUAGCGUAUUUGAUGCUCAAAUCCGAGUGCCCACGCCAGCGUCGGCUGCUUCCACUGGGGCCCAGUCACCCGCGCUGGCGCAACGUUCUCCUGCUUUGAGCGUCACUGCCUCCGGCAAUGGCGGUGUUUCCGUCAGCUAUCCGCCCUCCUACGCGAAGGCUGGCGGUGCUAACGGCCACCAGAAUAUAGCAAUCCCCGUCUCCAAGGGCACCGCUAAAAGGCCCAGAGUGAUUGAAUGGAAUAAAUACGACCAGCGUCUGGAUCCACCCAACAAGUACCCCGGGGUAUCGGACGAGAUCCGCUUCAACCAGAAGCGCGAGAAGAUCAAGCCAGUCGUGCUCUGCAAUGAGUUCUAUUUGACGGGACGUUGCAAGCGGCGGGUCUGCGACAAGCACCAUGAAGAAGCGUAUCUGACGCCGGCUGAGAUUACGGUGCUUCGAUAUAAAGCGCGCACGACCAUGUGCCCCAAGGGCCCUGAUUGCAAGAAUUUCGAAUGCUACUUGAGUCACCACUGCCCGUUUAACAAUACUUGCCGAUACGGCGCGAGCUGCAAGUUUUGGAAGACCGACUGGGGGAAUCUGCAUAUGACCGUCGACUCUCUCGUCCCUGCGUAAGUCAAUCAACAGGGAGUAUGGAGGAUCAGUAUUGACUGUUGCUGCAGGAUCCGAUGGGCCGAAGGCAGCGAUUUCCCCGAGCAUCUCUAGGAAUACAGUCAUAAUAACAACACAUAAGACAUAUUUGGAAUCACCUUGGAAUACUACAUUGUUUUGACGUCGGAGGGUUGCCCACCGCCGGCCAAUAUUCAACCUGUGAAGUGAGAUUUAAAUCCAGUUACUGUAUCAGAAUGCCAGAAAAUAGUUAUACUCCCCUAUUU